CUAACGCGGAUGUACGGGAGGUCGCUGAUGGAAUACAGAAGUAAUGCAGACAGGCUCGAGUUACUAAAGCGAGGCUCUCAAACAGCAAGGGGCGAAGUUUCGCUUGAAGUUCAGAGUUGACAGCUGCUAGCGACACUCACUGUUAAACCACGUCAGACGAAACGAGAGUAAUAUAGCUAUUGUAUACCCCAUUAUAAACAAGGUUAACGAUUUGCGAGGAGAUACCUUCGGAAGAGAGCCAUUGUGGUUGCGUGGGAACCUUAGAUGAAGGUCCCACUUAAACAGUCGGAAACUUUACAAUCGCGUACCAUGGUCUGCAUUUCUUUUGCCAAGAUGGACAGCUAGCUAUCAAUAGCUGUUUUGCUAAUGUUAUACGGGGUGUAUUUAAAUACUUUUGCAUUAUCAGCGUUUGAGCAAUCUUACACAGGAAUGUUUCUGACUAUGGAGUCGAAGCGGCGGAAAGGUCUGAGCGGUGUGCUCUCUUCCUUGUCGCUGCUUUGUGUUGUGUUGGACCUACAGCUGGACGGUGUCUUGGGGGCCACACAUGUGGAGAUUGAACAUCACUUGGAGAUGGGCCGCAAGCUGCUGGCAGCAGGGCAACUAGCAGAGGCUCUUUCCCACUACCACUCUGCUGUAGAGGGUGACUCUAAAAACUACUUGACGUACUACAAGCGUGCAGCAGUGUUUCUGGCCAUGGGCAAGUCAAAGUCAGCCCUUCCUGAUCUCACCAGAGCCAUCCAGCUCAAACCAGACUUCCUAGCUGCUCGGCUUCAGAGGGGAAAUAUCCUUCUGAAGCAGGGCAACACUGAGGAGGCCAGAGAGGACUUCCGGGCUGUGUUGGAAGGGGCCCCAGACCAGGCAGAGGCUCGUGAUCAGCUCCUGAGAACCGAGGAGCUAGAGGCACUGCAGGAAGAGGCGCACAUCGCCCACCUGCAUGGGGAUUACCAGGCAACUGUCUCCGUGCUGGACCGUGUCUUAGAGCUCUCCCCCUGGGACCCAGAAUCCCGGGAGCUGCGUGCAGAGUGCUACAUCCAGCUGGGGGAACCGCGGAAAGCCAUCCAGGACCUGACGCCCACCACCCGCCUGCGCAACGACAACCGCGCAGCCUUCCUGAAGCUCAGCAUGCUGCACUAUAGCCUGGGGGAGUACCAGGAGGCCCUGAACCAUGUCCGUGAAUGUCUGAGGCUUGAUCAGGAUGAUAAAAACUGUUUCUCCCACUACAAGCAAGUGAAGAAACUCGGCAAGCAGAUGGACUCGGCCGAGGAGCUCAUCUCUGAGCAGAGGUACCAGGAGGCGAUGGAGAAAUACGAGUCGGUAAUGAAAACUGAGCCCAACAUUCCCUUCUACACAAACAAAGCUAAGGAGAGGAUCUGCUUCUGUCUGGUCAAGGAUCAGAGGGCUUUGGAGGCGGUGGAUGCGUGCUCCGAGGCCCACCAGAGAGACCCCCGAAAUGUCAACAUCCUCAGAGACCGAGCAGAAGCCUACAUCCUGAACCAGGACUAUGAGAAGGCUGUGGAGGACUACCAAGAAGCCCGGGAAUUUGACGAGGAGAACCAGGAGAUUCGAGAGGGGUUAGAUCGAGCACAGAAGCUGCUCAAACUCUCCCGCAAGAGGGAUUACUACAAGAUCCUGGGAGUGAACAGAAAUGCAAACAAACAGGAAAUCAUUAAAGCGUACAGGAAGCUGGCUCAACAGUGGCACCCUGAUAACUUUCAGUCUGAAUCAGAGAAGAAGGAGGCAGAGAAGAGGUUCAUUGACAUUGCCUCUGCUAAAGAGGUGCUCACUGACCAAGAAAUGCGACAGAAAUUUGAUGCAGGGGAGGACCCCCUGGACCCCGAGAACCAUCAGGGAAGUGGCGGGGGGCAAAGUUGGCCCUUUGAGUUCAAUCCUUUUGGAUCUGGCGGAAACUUCCACUUCAAAUUCCACUACAACUAGUGUGAGGGGGAGCAGGGACAGAGGAGCUGUGAGGGAAUGUGGGAGUGAAGAAGAGAGGAAGAUGCCGAAAGCUGACGAUAAAGACUGGCGGAAUGAAGGAGGUGUGUUAGAAUUUGGAUUCUUGAAUUUACAAUGGACUCCUGUGAGACUUUGGAGACUUGGCCCACACUGACAAGACAUUUGGGGGUGGAACUUUUUACAGACAAUACCGCAGAUCUGUUAUGUCUGCAGUUACCUAAGAAACCCUAAGCAGAAGAGAUGAGGAUGAAGCCACACACAAACAAGUCCUCUCGAAGGCACACAUGACCUGUGCCCAAGUGUCCAGCCCCCAACCAAUCAGGAUUUCCAUUUUUGUCUUUGUGCCAUCCGCUCACUCCAGUGAGCGCUUUCAUUGUCCAUUUCUUUUUUUUUAACUGCAAAACCAUGCGCACAUGCUUAGAAAAAUCAACAAUGAAUGAGUUAGUGGUCAGGUGUUACUUUGAGUUGAACUGUAAAUUCAUACAAUCCCCUUCUUUUACCUCUCAUAUUGUGAAGUGUAGAGAGUAAGGACACUGAUAGUGAGCUCUACGUAUUUCGGGGAGGAGCUUGACAGUGUUGCAUCUGUUACUUUUUUGUUGGACUGAGAAAUUGGCACUUAUUCUUUUUUCCUUUUUAAAAUGUAACCACUCCAAAUCCAGCCCCUUAUCUUUUUAGUGCAAUUGCCUGUGUUCACAGAAUUAAUAUAUCAAACAUUUGGGAGGAAAUUUAACUUAGUCAAACUCAGUUUAACUGGGAAUUUGUUUUUACAUAUUUUUUUAUUGUUGAGAACACAAAAUGAUUGCAGUGGUUAAAAGCUUUGGAAUAGAUUGGCUUGCACCCUUUGAGUGAUCUUGGUUAAAGGUAAUUCAAUUUAGGCUACCCCAGCAGGUUUUAUGGCCCCAGAACACGAGUUACUGAACUUGAUGGCUUUCUGUGGAUUAUAACAUGAGGACUGUUUCUAGUUUCAUUUUAUGUUACAAUGUUUUCGUAAGGAAGGGAAAACAACCUUUUGGAAUGCACUCCAAAAACAGACUAUUAAAAACAGCUUGAGAACAAAAA